UUCAAAAGAACGUUUCUAUCAGAAUUAUUUUUUGGAAUAGUGUUGUAAUGAAAUUGAAGGGGAGCAUUGGAGCAACUGUAAAGUUGUCUCCGUGUGACUUAUAGGUCACGGGUUCGACCCGUUGCAUUAGGGCAGGCUGUCUAGAGCAGACCCCUUGGGCGCGACCCUUCCCUCGGACCCUGCUAAUGCGGAUGCUUUGUGCACCGGGCUGCCCCUUUAGUGCCGUAAUGAAAUCAAGAUUUUAAGAUUUCCAAGUUCUUAAACACAAAUUCACGUCUUAACUGGCGGUGUUUUGAACUCUCUUUUAAUAGGCUGCUGUACCCUUUUUAAAUAGUUGUGACAUUAUAAGUUGAGGUUGUUUAUUUUUUUUUAUUUUUAUCUUGUUUCACAAUCUUGCAGUUUCCAUUGACUGCAAUGUGACCUCCCUCUCCCUUACAUGGUUUUGCAUGAAUGUUCAGAAGACAAUACAUGUCUAUUUAUGCCUAAAUUGAGUGUUUAGUUUUCUGACGUCCUCUUUUCUCUGUUCCUGGACGAAGACACAUAAGGUCUCAUGAUCUGAGAAUUGAGGUUACCACUAUAUGCUUAACUGUUCUUUCUCGUUUCCAGCUUCAGCUCUUAACUGUUACAUAGGUUCUUGAUGUCGAACCCGGAGGCUUCAGCAGAUGAAAACUAUGUUUCCGUUCCUCGUGGUGGUCCUAUUUACAUAUCUGAUAUGGUUGGUCCGCUCACCAGGGUUGCUGACUUUGAGAUCAGCAUCUUCCAUGAACUUGAGCGCCUCAAGGCAGAGUUGUCCUCUGAUUCACUGGAAAUGUUUGAUGCUGAGAUAUCGGUUGAAGAGCUUAAAAUUAUCAGUGAAGAGGAAUUGGUGGCUCAAGCCUUUGAAGAAGCAUUUAAGGAUGACGAGUUGGCCAAAGACUCUUCACAAACUUUGACAGAGCACCUCGGUACAAGAACAGAUAAUGGGAAAUCGGAUACGGAACUUGCUUCAUUUGAAAGGUCAGAAAGAGAAGUGGACUCCUCUACAAUCCAUGAUCCCUCAAACCACGUCCUUCCUGGGACCUGCAACGACAAAGAUUCAGAUAAAAGCAAGUCCUACAAAAGGAAACGGGGGAAGAAUGUUCAUCAGAAGAAUGCUGUUGAAAGAGAAGUGGACUCUUCUACUAAACAUGAUCCCUCAAACCAAGUCCCUCCUGGGGCCUGCAACAACAUAGGUUCAGAUAAAAGCAAGUCCAACAAAAGGAAACGUGGGAAGAAUGCUGUUGAAAGAGAAGUGGACUCUUCUACUAAACAUGAUUCCUCAAACCACGUCCCUCCUGGGGCCUGCAACAACAAAGGUUCAGAUAAAAGCAAGUCCAACAAAAGGAAACAGGGGAAGAAUGUUCAUCAGAAGAAUGCUGUUGAAAGAGAAGUGGACUCUUCUACUAUACAUGAUCCCUCAAACCACGUCCCUCCUGGGGCCUGCAACAACAGAGGUUCAGAUAAGGGCAAGUCCAACAAGAGGAAACGGGGGAAGAAACAUCAUAAGAAUGCUGUUGAUGACCACUAUAUACCAAAGGUGGAACAACUUGCAAAAGUUAAAGAAAAACAAGAGGAAGAGAAAGCAGCAGCAAGAUUGCACUCUUUCAAUGGUAGUUGCAGCAGCAGCCACUCUGCCUCAAAAUCCUCCAGUAGGGAUGCUAGGAUGACAUCUCUCAAGUCAGUAAGUUUGGGAACAAAGGUGAGAGCAGCAAAUACUUGUGAACAUAUUCCAGUGCAGUUUCCAGAAGUUAUCCUCUGUGUUGAGAUUUAUCAUUACAAAAGGACAUGGACAAAAACUCAAGAAUUUCUGGUCCUUGGGCGGCAAUUUUUGACGGAAAUGAGAGAUAGGAUUUAUUGCAUUACUGAUGAGAUAAUGAAAAAAACAGACAAAAAUGAUCCUUCGGGCUAUUUCCUUGUGGAGGAUGUCUUUUGCAAUGAUUUCAGGGAUCCUUCUGCUACAGACUAUAGUAAGCCAAUACUUGAUUGGCUUCAAGAAUCUAAGAGUGAGGCACUGGAAAAAUGGGAAUCUAUCGCCUCCGGUGAACUGCCACAGAAACAAAAGGCACUUUUUGGCAGUAAAAUGGGACCACAAUUGCCCCAUUUCAAGGCCAUUGAAAUGCAAAAAAUUCGUUUCUGUGACUUAAGAUUUCGACUUGGUGCUGGAUAUCUUUACUGUCAUCAGGGGGACUGCAAGCAUCAAGUUGUAAUAAGAGACAUGAGGCUGAUACAUCCAGAGGACGUACAGAACCGAGCCGCGUAUCCAUUGAUAACCUAUCAGCCAAAAUUGAGGUUCCAGAAAUGCUCUGUUUGCAAAAUUUAUAGAGCAGUUAAGGUGACUGUUGAUGAUAAAUGGGCUGCUGAAAAUCCUUGCUACUUUUGUGACCUUUGCUAUUACAUGCUCCAUUAUGUUGAGGGGACUCUGCUUUAUGAUGAUUUCUCUGUGUUCGAAUAUCUCCAUGAGUAG